AUUGUACCGCGCAAACAGGACGGCGCUUUCUGAAUUACACGCAUAAACUGGAUGCAUAAGGAAAUUUCGUCACGCUGUCUGUACGGGAUGAAGUAGUAUUCGUAUUUCGUAUCGCGCCUAGUCUCGCGAAUUUCGGCGCAUCCGAUUUUCAUCCCUCGUGUUCUGCAGUGCGAAAGUGUCACAUGUGUGGCGCGGCCGAGUUCUCGAGGUGGCUGACGAAACUUAUUAGGGAUGGGACACAACGAGAGAUAAAAGUAUGAAAAAAAAUCGGAUUGCUAUAGGAGUUAGAGCCGGUGGAGACGCGGAUCGAAAGAAAGGAGCAUGGGAUUUCACGAGAACGAGUCGUGGAAGAAACGUGAGAUACGUUCGCUGCGUGCUCUUAGCUAUAGAAAACGCAAUAAACUAUGGAAGCACGCUCACCCAUUGGACCGAAAAUAACCAUAUUUCUCUCGUCAUUACCCGGUAUAAUGCGGCGUAUCGUUCGGGGGCGACGGUGUACGUACGAACAAUGGCCUUAGCAUUAUGUCGAGUUUAUGCAACCGUGUUUCAUUAUACGGCCCAGCGGAGUUCAAUGAAUCAAACUACACCCAUAAAUCCAUGAUCAUUCUUGAUUGCAUAAUCAUCGAAAAAUUUAUUGUUGAUUUCAUAACUUU